GUUCCUUAGGUGCAAAAAGACGUGAAAAAUGGUUUCUCUCUUUAAGACAUUAAAUAAUUAAAUACGACGUGGAGUUAUUGGAAAGCUAAUAUAAUGACCAAUAUAACUUUUUUUCUUAAAAUGAGUUAUAUGUUCUUCAAUCAUUUACAAAAAUAGCUUCUUCAAGAACUUGGUGAACUUUUAUUGAUGCAAUAAUCGUGACUCUGUAUUUUGAAGAAACAGUUCAGGUUUAACGAAGAAAUGAGCACAAGUAUCACAUGGCAAUUCUGUUCGCUUCUACUACUAAGGUUGUUGAUCUACUCUAAAGCAGAGAGCCUACAGCCUGACGUAAGACUCGGCUCUAGAGAUAGACUGGAUAGGGGCGGCACCUGGCGACGAGAUUGGCAACCUCAAGGAAGGGUUUACACUUCAUGGUCUGGGUGGUCUGCGUGGUCAGAGUGUAGUAGAACGUGUGAUGGCGGAGUAAGCAUGCGCACACGAGUGUGUAGAAGAAGGUGGGCCUGUAACCAGAACGCGACGGAUUUCAGACUAAUACAGUGUUCCAGUUAUAACAACCGCAAGGUGGCGGGUCACUUUGUCAAAGAAUGGUUGGCUGAUCUUGGACGUGGUAACCCUUGUGAAUUAAAAUGUCAAGCAAAAGAACAUCACCUGGCGUAUAGCUUUGGUAAAGUUGUAGAUGGGACAAAAUGUAAGCCUGGUGGAAAGAAUGUCUGUGUAAACGGCCGUUGUAUGCCCAUAGGAUGUGAUGGCCGAAUUGGGUCUGAUAGAACCAUUGACAAAUGUAGGAUUUGUGGAGGUCGAAAUCUUACGUGCAUCCAUUACAAAGAUGUAUUCCAUGGUCAAAAGUCCUUAGGCCACAUUUCCAGUAUCCUAAAAAACUCUUCAUUGUAUAAUAAUUUUGGUCUAGGAUACAGUGAUGUUGCUAUAAUACCCGCUAGGGCUACAAAUAUCCUGAUCUUAGAUUCCAGCAAAAACUUACUAGCCCUAGCGGAUGAAAAAGGGACGUUCAUUAUCAAUGGAAACUGGCUGAUUGAUUGGCCAGGAAGUUAUCACGUGGCUGAUUCAGUGGUGAUUUACAACCGAACCAAUGACAGUGUCGAAACAAUCACCAUCCCAGGUCCAAUAAAUCAAAAUAUUUACGUAAUGGUACUGCUUAAAGAACCGAACCCAGGUAUAAGAUACGAAUAUUGGCUACCGAAAGAACACUACCCUAUCAAACAGAGGAAAUUCCCCACAUCAUCACAAAAUAUCGUCUCCUUAUCGCCCACAACUCGUCAAAAUGAUUCAAAAGCUUUAAUCAAUUCAGUUAGAAGUAGUUAUCGUCGCCAUGGAUACACAACUUCAUCAGUACGUAACACACCGCGUUAUGGUUUUCGUAAAAUAUCAUCCUCAUCAGCCACAACAUGGCAUCCAUAUCACAGCCAUUUUCGAAAUAUUAUUACUUCUACAACGCCGUAUCCUGAUCGAUACAAACACAAAAGAAUAUCGGCCGGAUUCACGACAAAAGCGACGUCACAUUCCGAUCGAAGGGUUAAAACACAUACGAAAAAGAGAACAAAACAUCGUAGUCAAUAUAAUUAUCGAGCAGCCUCAUCUACCGUGACAAGAAUGACGCAUCAUCCUGGUCGUUACCACGGGGUUGCAACCUCCACAACAAACACGACCCCGCUUCCUGGUUUCCAUGGUUACAGAAAAUUUAUCAAUCGGGAAAAAAAUAACUUUAUAAAAGCGUAUGAUAAAGACUCUACGCCUUUCACCAAUUUUCAGUUUUCCAGGAUUUCUAACAAAUGGGAAAAAGUGAGCCCAAACAGAACAAAUACAUUGACUGUAACAGCAGUUCCAGACGUGAAAACAACGAUACCACCUUUUAGGAGGACUCACGCGCCACAUUUUACAUUCAAAAACGCCUGUCUACCCUGUAAGAAAGUUUACAGACAAACAAAGCACUUUUGUACCAGCGACUUUGUUCUCAGAGUUCGAGUACUCAGCUACUUAUAUGUCAAUGGCGAAAUCCGUUAUGAGUUACAAGUUAUACAGUCAUAUAAGAACACGGUUGCCAUUUCGGUUCGAGAGUACGCGUGGUCUUCGGAUAGGUGUCGCUGCCCUAAGCUGAGAGUGCAAAGAGAGUAUAUAAUAAUGGGCCGCUCGGACCGAAGUUACCGCCACAACGAAAGUCGUCUGCUUCUUGACCGCAACAGUUUCGUUCGAAGAUUUCGACAAAAGAGGGCACGGCGACUGUUAAAAUUGAAGCAAAAUCAAGUCAAAAAAUGCAGUAAGUUUUUACAAUGAACCUACGUGACUCACCGACGGAAAUUGAGAAUCUAAGACUUUCGUUCUAAGAUGAAGGACAAUGACAAACCGGUCCAGGAAAGGUUAUAUAAUCUUUCUAACUAACUAACAAAAAAAAA